AUGGGUGGCAGAGAAAGCAAGCCCGAACCUCCCAAGCCUGCUCCAAACCUGCAGGAUGCUGCAACCAACUUGGAACAGAAAAUCGAAGAGCUGGGAGCCAAAAUUCAAAAGGCUGACGAGGAGGCACGACAGUGGGUGGCUAAGCAAAGCACCGAUGCAACUGCCAAGGCCCGUGCCAUGCAAGCCUUGAAGCGCAAGAAGCUGUACGAGCAGCAGCGAGAUCAGUUGGUUGACACCCAGUUCAAUGUGGAAAAUCUUGCUUUCCAGCAAGAGCAGGCUGAGAUCACUGCGGGAACUGUAGCGGCCAUGAAGAAGGCAACGGACCAGCUCAAGAACCAAACGCAGAAAAUAGGAGUGGAUCAAGUUGAUAAGCUGACAGAUGAGAUGGCAGACAUCGCAGCUGAAAUGAAGGACAUCCAGUCGGCACUAGCUGCACCUUCGGCAGUGGGCUCCGCGGCAGAGGAUGAAGCUGAGAAGGAACUGGAGGCCCGGAGCAUCCGGGAGCCCAGCAGAAUCCAGAAAAACAACCGGGCUUGCUCUGAUGAAAAGUCACGGCCUGAAGGUGUUCGCGUUCGCGGCGAUGAUCUUGUUCGUGCGCGAUUUCUCAUGCAGCAGUCAAGUUUCCUGCUGUUCCUUCUAGCAGACAAGAGGUCUGGAAGUGUUGCAGUUGAUGCAGUGAACGCCUUGGCCACGAGCCUUGCGCAAGAUGAAGCGCGGGCCCAUCAUUUGCAAGAUCGGAUGGCGUUGACAGCCGCAAAAUGCCACAAAUGUCAGCAGGCUGCGGGUGACAUCGGCCUCAUUGUCUCUUGCGGUAGCUCUUGUCUCAGUGAUGUCAGACUUCGAUUUGAGAGGCAUCACAUGGCGUUCAUUCAGUGUGCUCGGAAUGGGUUCACAAAGACGAGAGGCCCAGUGGUCCUGACUGAGCCAGUGGACCUGCGGGCGCACAUUGCCAAAACGCUCGUUUCUCAGGGUCCAGCCGUUGGCGUUUGUGGUAGCAACUUGAGAAGCCUUCUUGCAAGCAUCCAGAACAGAGAUGCUGUAUCUGUUGAAGAAGAGCCAGAGCCCGAAGAAUCUGAGUCAUUGCCACGUUCGAAUUGUGUGCAGACAGCCCGUCGGACAUGCAGAGCCAACCUUGAGAUGCCAGUACUGCCUAUGCCUAUGACGGCGGCAAUGCUUCAGUUUCCUGAUGCGCCUGUGGUCGGUGUGUGCUUUGGGAUGCAGCUCCUGGCUCUGCUCUACGGUGGCAAGCUCUCGGAGCAGCGAGGAAGUGCCCACAGAGGGGAGUGGACAGAGGUGAGACGUUCGCCGAUGAAGUCUCGACUGUUGGAUGGCCUCCCUUCGAAGUUCCCUCAAUGGGCAUCAAACUUCAUCUUUGUGGAUGAGCCUCCCCUAGACUUCACUGUGACAGCCGUAGACUCUGCCAACAGGGUGAUGGCAAUGGAGCAUGUGGACGAUCACGUCUACGGGAUCCAAUGGCAUCCGGAGGUCAUCAACAGCAAGGUCGGGCGGAAGAUUGUUGAUCGUAUCUUCUCUUUGGCCGGCAAGUGCCGUGCCGGUCGUCGAGGUAUCUGUGAUCCUCCAGCAGAGGGUUUGAAAGCUGAGCCUUCAAUCAGAGGUUCGCAAGCUCCACCAGAUGUGGAGGUCUUUAGUUGGCAUGAAGUGGACCUGGAGUUGCGGAAGCUCGUCAAGGAGCUCAUCCUAAGCAGUGGUGGCGGCAGAGCUGCUGCUGAUCUGGGACAGUUGCUCGCAGGUCGACGGCGUGAGCUGAUGUCAACUCUGCGUGGCUCGCAUGCAGCACCCCGCUUCGGGGCCGAUGGCGAUGGCAGCCUCUCGGAGGCGCUCGGUGCUGCCAGCGCAUCUCUGCGAGAGGUGGCAGAAGCCUGGCUGCUCAACCCAGCUCCGGCAGGCUAG